AUGAUUUCUUCAAUUUCAUUCAUCAGAUUCCUGUUAUCAAUCAGGUCUUUCAUCUCCGGAUGCUCAUUUACACACUGUUUUGCUCCAUCUAACUCGUUUUUAAUUGAAUUGUACUCUUUCUCUAACUGCAUAAACGUGUGUUCUUUUUCUUUUAAGUCUUUUAAGCUUAAUUCCAUGAGUUUUGUUUCUUCAGUCAUCUUUUCCAAUUUCUCUACUUUUUCAAUUAUCGUGGCCGUGAGUUCAGUUAAUUUGUUAGCCAGAUCCUCUUUCUUGAUCUUAUUCUUCUGCACGUAA